AUGUGGAUUAGAGUCUGCCAUAUCGUUACGCAGUCCUCCUUCCCUAGGUCUUAUCGCAGCCUCUCUCUUGCCCCGUUAGAUCCGUCUGCUCUCUCGCUGAUUCACGUAGCUCACUCGACCCCUGCCAUCCCAUCUGUGCUACUCGAGGCGGUAUUCGCCCUCCCCUGCGUCUGGGUGACUAAUUCGAGGCUCAAGCAUAUGAGUAAGUCUCAUCAUCAGGCCUUUGCUGUAUGGACCACGUCUAUGGUACAAGAGACCUACUGUCAGCCAACUAGCUCCAAUCUCAGCCGCGUCUUUUCUGUUUCUAUUCCUAAUACCAAGUAUAUGAUUUGCCAUGCCCUAGUCUCUUGUGUGUCAACCCACAAAUGUUGUGGUACUGCUUGCUCUGACUCGGUUCAAUGCUGA